CCCAAGAGUCAGGCAGACCCCGGGAAGGAGGAGUUAUGUAGAUUACGGAUGAACGUUCUGGAGGGGAGCGAGGAGAGGAGGGAAGGAGAAGCAGAGACGAGAGAGCGAGGAGCGGCCGAGGCCCUUCCCGCAGAAGCAGGAGGCGGUAGCGGCGGAGGAGGAGUGGGCGGUGGAGGAGGAGGAGGACGCACCCUCUGGAGGCGGCGGCGGCUGCUGCGGCUGCGACUCGGUUCUUUGAGCCGGAACCGCCGGUGAACUUGGGCGCCACGUUCCCGGCCGCGGGCCCACGAGGAUGGUGAAUGCGAGCUGCUGCUGACUCUACCUCAGCCGCUGCUUCUCUGGGGGCUGCCGAGCGCGGGGGCCCUCUGUCUCCUCCCCUUGCCGGGCUGUGGGUGAACCUGCAGGCUCCUUACCCACCCGGAGGACUUUUGAAAGGAAACCAGGGAGGGAGGGAAAGGGAGAGAGGGAGAAAACGAAGGGGAGCUCGUCCAUCCAUUGAAGCACAGUUCACUAUGAUCUUACUCACAUUCAGCACUGGAAGACGGUUGGAUUUCGUGCAUCAUUCGGGGGUAUUUUACUUGCAAACCUUGCUUUGGAUUUUAUGUGCUACCGUCUGCGGAACGGAGCAGUAUUUCAAUGUGGAGGUUUGGUUACAGAAGUACGGCUACCUUCCACCGACUGACCCCAGAAUGUCAGUGCUGCGCUCUGCAGAGACCAUGCAGUCUGCCUUAGCUGCGAUGCAGCAGUUCUACGGCAUUAACAUGACAGGAAAAGUGGACCGAAACACAAUUGACUGGAUGAAGAAGCCUCGAUGUGGUGUACCUGACCAGACAAGAGGUAGCUCCAAAUUUAAUAUUCGUCGAAAGCGGUAUGCGUUAACAGGACAGAAGUGGCAGCACAAGCACAUCACUUACAGUAUAAAGAACGUAACUCCAAAAGUAGGAGACCCUGAAACCCGUAAAGCUAUUCGUCGUGCCUUUGACGUGUGGCAGAAUGUAACUCCUCUGACGUUUGAAGAAGUUCCCUACAGUGAAUUAGAAAAUGGCAAACGUGAUGUGGAUAUAACCAUCAUUUUUGCAUCUGGCUUUCAUGGAGACAGUUCUCCCUUUGAUGGAGAGGGAGGGUUUUUGGCACAUGCCUAUUUCCCUGGACCAGGAAUUGGGGGAGAUACUCAUUUCGACUCAGAUGAGCCAUGGACACUAGGAAAUCCUAAUCAUGAUGGAAAUGACUUAUUUCUUGUAGCGGUUCAUGAACUGGGACAUGCUCUGGGACUGGAGCAUUCCAAUGACCCUACUGCCAUCAUGGCUCCAUUUUACCAGUACAUGGAAACUGACAACUUCAAACUACCUAAUGAUGAUUUGCAGGGCAUCCAGAAAAUAUAUGGUCCACCUGACAAGAUUCCUCCACCAACAAGACCUCUACCGACAGUGCCCCCACACCGCUCUAAUCCUCCAGCUGACCCAAGGAAGAAUGACCGGCCCAAACCUCCCCGGCCUCCCACUGGCAGACCUUCCUAUCCUGGAGCCAAACCCAACAUCUGUGAUGGGAACUUUAACACUCUAGCUAUUCUUCGCCGUGAGAUGUUUGUUUUCAAGGACCAGUGGUUUUGGCGAGUAAGAAACAACAGAGUGAUGGAUGGAUACCCCAUGCAAAUUACUUACUUCUGGCGGGGCUUGCCUCCUAGUAUUGAUGCAGUUUAUGAAAACAGUGAUGGGAAUUUUGUCUUCUUUAAAGGUAACAAAUAUUGGGUGUUCAAGGACACGACUCUUCAACCUGGUUACCCUCAUGACUUGAUUACUCUUGGAAGCGGAAUUCCCCCUCAUGGUAUUGAUUCAGCCAUUUGGUGGGAGGACGUUGGGAAAACCUAUUUCUUCAAGGGGGACAGGUAUUGGAGAUAUAGUGAAGAAAUGAAAACCAUGGAUCCUGGCUAUCCCAAACCAAUCACAGUCUGGAAAGGUAUCCCCGAAUCUCCUCAGGGAGCCUUUGUGCACAAAGAAAAUGGCUUUACGUAUUUCUACAAAGGAAAGGAGUAUUGGAAAUUCAACAACCAGAUACUCAAGGUAGAACCUGGAUAUCCCAGAUCCAUCCUCAAGGAUUUUAUGGGCUGUGACGGACCAACAGACAGAGAUAAAGAAGGACACAGCCCACCAGAUGAUGUAGACAUUGUCAUCAAACUGGACAACACAGCCAGCACUGUGAAAGCCAUAGCUAUUGUCAUUCCCUGCAUCUUGGCCUUAUGCCUCCUUGUAUUGGUUUACACUGUGUUCCAGUUCAAGAGGAAAGGAACACCCCGCCACAUACUGUACUGUAAACGCUCUAUGCAAGAGUGGGUGUGAUGUAGGGAUUUUUCCUUUCUUUCUUUUCUAGGAGUUUGUGAUAACUUGAGAUUCAAGACAAGAGCUGUUAUGCUGUUUCCUAGCUAGGAGCAGGCUUGUGGCAGCCUGAUUUGGGGCUGACCUUUCAAACCCAGAGGGUUGCUGGUCCUGCACAUGAAUGGAAACGCACUCAUGGGGAAGCUUCCAUGAUGCACAGUACCUGCCGUUCUUCAGUCCUUUGUCUUUUUUUGUCAUUCAGUUCUAGGCCUUUCCUCUGCACGCUCAAUGCCCAGUAAAUUUUCAGGAUUACCUAAAGAGGAAAAAGAAGAAAAGAUUCUUCUUAAAGGUUUCUAAUAUGUUUUUUUCUGAUGUCUGAGCCCAUUUCUGGGGGAAAAAAGCAAAAUGGAAAACCCACAAAUUUUUGCUUUACAGCAAGGAAAAAGAAAAGGUUAAACAAAAUACCCACAAUUGAACGUUCAGGAAAGUGUGAAGACCCAAAACAGCUUUGUCUCCAAAGAAGAUAGUUCUCUGACUGCUAUGGACAGUCUCCUAUGCUUCGUUUUUGUCAGGUGGGAGACCUGGAAUACACAUGCAGGACUUUAGACUGUUGGGACAGCCAUUUUCCAACAAACAAGGGGCCAAAAUAUCUGCAAUAUUGUAACAGCCUUAAUACUACAUCCAUUUUUCAUUUUAUACAGCUGUUCUCAGCUAUGUUCUCAAUGUUUCAUCGCAUUUAUAUUCACAGCUAUAUUCAAAUGGGACAUUUUAAUUGUUUUGAAGUGUUUCUAAACCCCUUCCUGCCACCUUACCCCUACAUCAUUGUGAUAAUCUCCCCAAGUUGUAUUAGGCCACUGCCCCAGGCCUUCCAUGGGUCUGUCAGGAAUAUUCAUUAUAAGUGGAGCAAAAAGCAGUAUGUCUUUAAAGUGGUUUAAAGUGACAGUUAUUUUAUAAGGAUAUGUGACACUAGUAAUACAUUGGUGUAACCCUUUGAGAACUAUCAAAUCAGCUUUCAGAGUCUUAUGAUCUGGUAAAUUAUUGAACUGGGCAAUGGUAAAAACAGGCACAGGUUUAAGAAGUUCAGGUUUUUAAAACAUAUCCUAUAACCCCAUGUAAUUUUUAGUUGAUUCACACUACUACAUAAAUGCAUUUAUAACAAACAGAAAUGAUGUUACUUGCCAAAAAUUUUCUGGCAAAUAAAAAGGUAUUUUAUUAAAUAUCUUGUAAGAGUGAAGUUUUAUUUGAACAACUGAUUAUAACAGCCUGUCUUUGUUGUUGUUGUUGUUAGGCACAACACACAACACAAUUUCUGUUUUAAAAUCCAUUGCAUGAAAACUCAAUUUGCCGUGGAAGACACCGCUAGCAUUGCCAUCUAAAGAAUGAAUUAAAAUGAUGACUCUGAGAUUGCAUGAAUAUCCUCCAGUGUAUUAGCUAUCUAUCGCAUGUCAACCAUAGUUCUCAAAGGGUUAGUGUGGCUUCUGGCAUUUAGCCGUCCAUUUGAUAGCUGACAGAGCCAAGAGACCACCAAAGCAUUUCAUUGUUGAGUGUAAUUUGUCCUAACAGCAGUAUUGUCAUUUUCAGGUGACCUGCAGAGCAGGUUUGUAUCAAUAUUUUUUUCCUAGAGAAAAGUCAGCAACUGACAGACCUCUUAAUUGAUUUUUAGGCGCUGCUUCUUGCAGUGAAAGGCUUUACAGCCACUGGGCUGUGAACUUAUUAGAGAUGGUCAGAACGAAUGCACCCCAUGAGUCAGACAUUGGCUUUGUGUGAAAGCCAGCUUUUGAGGGGAUUAGCUUUUGAAACAAUGAACAGCUUGCCUUGAAGUUGAUUAUUGAUCUGUUGACUGUCAUUAACAAAAACUUAAACAUUGUCUUCUGUGAAAAUUUUCCUUGAAGAGUCCUGUUCUAUGUCUUUGCCCUUUGACCUUUAACUUGCAAACUGGCACAAACAGAGGAAGUCUUGUGUUGCUUCUCCAUUGGAGUGUUAAUUGUUCUCUAAAAACCUAGUAAGCAUGAGCUGUUUCCUUAGAGUGGAGAGAGGAGUGUUGAUGGUGGAUCUGCAGAUGGACACUUUGCUCUUUACACGCACACUUUAAAAAUGCUAUAUAGGUAGAAGUGACUUUUAAUUUUCCUUUAAUAUAAUUUCAAGUCUAAAUUCAUCAUUUUAGUACAAAUAUAGAACUAUGGGGAGAAAAAAAACUCAAAAUACUUGAAAGGCCAGUGUGGCUUUUAUAUAAAGCAGGAAUUUUAUACUAGUGAAAAUUUCUUACUCAUUUGCUAAUAAUACACAUUUCCAGAUGAUUUUAAUGAGUGUAGGUAUACAUUCUUAUUUGGAAAUGGUUGGUUUGGCUGCCUUGAAUUUGUAUUUAUACUCAACAUAGCAUGAAAAUUAGAAUGCCUCUCAGUUAAACUACAUGUUUAUGUUUUGGUUGGGGAAAAUAUUUUGUAAUCAUGGAGGGCAUGUUGCAAAUCCUUGCAGAUUGUUAUUUCUUACAACCUGAACAUAAAAUAAGGCUAAGAAAAAAGGAUAGUUAAAAAAAGUAAUGGCUAAUGGCUUUACAGCAAAACAUUAUGCAAUGCAGACUGUAUUUUGACAAGAUGUUGGAGAUUAUGUGUGUGAAGGCCAAGAAAGCAAGGGGAGAGGACAAGAAUUAGCCCUGUAGCUUUAUUUCAGUGCUUCCAUUCUAGACAAUGCUGGUAUUAUAAAGAGUCGCUUCUACUGAGCAUGGAGCGAGAACUAUAUACAUAAGCUCAUUUAUACAAUGUUUGCCUGUGGGAGGGUUUAAUCUUUUUAGGGCCUGAUGCCAAGAAAAAAAAAAAAAGACUGGAAAUUGUAUUUUGCUGAAGAUUGAAAUGAGUAACCAUGUCAUUUGGGGACAUAUGUAAAUCACUGAGGAAUUCCAUCAACCUGCACCGAAAAUUGAUUUUUUUUUUUCCUCUAAAAUGAGAAAGAAACUAAAGAAGCAAUCUUUUGCCUCUUUACUCAUUUGUCACAAUAUCCUGAUUCAUCAGAAGACUAUAAAUAUAUAAGGGCUAGAAAAUAACGAUAGCAUUAAGAAGGGAAAGACUCUGUCAUUAUGCUUGAAUUCUGGAAAUGUCAUAGAUAAGUGUUGGGCCAUAUUUUCCUCAAUAUGAGAUGAGAUUUAUGUGAUAAGAAAAGGCAUAUAUGGUUUCUCUGUUUAUUAGAACAUUUAAAUUUUCAGGUUGUGAGACUACAAGAGAUAAGAAAAUAUUAAGUACAGCAUAAUCACAAACAUUGGGAUUCUAUUUGCCUAUUUUAUGCCAGGCACUUUGUAUGGUUACUACUUCUCUUCCACUUGGGGUUUGGGGAAAAAAUGUCAAUCCUAAUGGAAUAGUGAAAGGGAGAGUGACUAAUUGGUCUAGCACAUAAGAAUAGUGAUUCAAGAACAAGGUGAAUAAUAAAUAAAACAAUAUAAUGUACAAGUUCAGUAUCAAUAGAGAUAAACAACAUAUCAAAUAUUUUUCAACAUUCUAUCACUGAUAGCAUGGAAAGUUCAGACCUAGGGUUUCCUAAAUUGACAUGAAAACACAUUCACAAUGACAAAAAAUAAUUCACCUUCUGUUUCAUUAUUUCUCAUUACUUUUAAUAUAAAUAUAAAUGUAAACAAGGUAAUGUUUCUUACAUAAAUUAACUAUAUUAUAAUUUUAGCCAAAUAUUAUUUUUCUAUAUAUUAUUAACUGGACUGAAUGAAGUAUUAAACAGCCAAUCAGUCUGUGUUCUCUACAAAGCAGUUAAGCCACAUCAGAUCUGUGGAAGAGGUUGUGAAUUUAACUACUGACCUGUUUCAGAACAAAGUGUCUUCUGACAUGGCAUCAGAACAGGUGAAUACAGAUGCUCUUUACAAUCGCAAAGGUAACGUGCAUAAAUUAGAGAACAUUAUAUGAUACUAGCAAAGACAACUUCUGUUAUAAAUCAGAGGGCAAGACUUUUCUGAAUCAGAUGUAAUAAAUUACUAAGUAAUAAUUUACAAAAAAUAAUUACUGAGUAAUAAAGGAUAGAGACUGAUUUACUGAAACAAGCAAGUGUUACUUUUACUAUUCAGAUUGCUUGUAAUCUUUUUCUAUUGACAUAUAAUUUGUGUGUUUCAUAUACUAGAUACUUGUUUUUAUUCACUUUCUGUGGGUGAUUUAAAAAACACAAUGUGGUGGAUGAGGACAUUGCCCAACUUCACUGGUAUUUCCAAUACAUGGAUGAUGUGUAUAUAUGGGAUCUUAGGGAAACUAAUAUAAUACUUUCCACUUCUACAUAUUAUGCUGUUAUCUCUAGUAUGCUACAAAUACACACUCACACUUUGUGGAUCUUAUAGUAGAAUAAGCAAUGUGGCCAUAUUGACUAAAUUCAGUGUGCUACCGGAAAAGGAAUGGAUGUUAUAAUCAAAUAGACUGAGUUAACACAAAAUUCAUUAAAAUAAUCCUUUUCUUUUUAAGUUUUGGAAUUAUUUCCAAAAACUAAUAAAGGCAGUAGCUUACUGAUAGUAUUGAGUCUGUGAGACUGUAACAUAUACUGAAACAACCUCAUGGCUGGUGGUAAAAUCUUUUUCAGCAAACACAGCACAGAGUUGAUUGAAUUUUUGAUUCUCUCAAGAACACGUUCCAAAAUAUCAGAUGUUAAACAGAACAUGCCAUCUACACCAAAAAUGUUAAAUUCAGAUAAGCCAUUAUAAGUAGUCAUGAGUACAAUCUUAUGAUAUCACAAGGUUUCAUGACAAUAAUACUAGAAAAUCUAACCAUUUCAUUGUAUCUCAUGCACCUUCCUGAUUGAUUUAUUGUGAUCACAGUUUAUAACUGCCAGAACAUAUGUAUCUAUGUUACAGAGUCUAUGUUGCCUAGUAGGGAACCAUAGUUACAUCAGAGAAGUUAUAUUUAAAAAAUUAGAACUUCCUAAAUAGCAGAAAAACUUCAUAAUAAAGAAUGCAGCAACCAGGCAUAGCACCACAUGAUAAAUAUGAAUUCUAAAUGUUAAAUUUAUCAUAUAUUAUGAAAAUUAAAGAAGAGGAAAUAUGAGUCUUUUGUAAAAUAUAAAACAUCAUAUAGCACUCCUUAAUACAACUGGAAAAUUUACUUUAGCAAGUAUAAAAAUAGUAGAACAAUGCAACUUCAGGCUCUUCACACUAGUGACAAGUAUGUGAUAUAUCAAUGUAUAUAAUUAGACAGUGGUCAUUAGCUGUUACCCUGCAUAAACACAUGUGAUACUCAUGCAUUGCCUUCUAGGCUAAAAAUGUCAAAGUUAGAUAUUCAGUAACCUCAAUUGGAAAGAUCUAUAUAAUGUUAGAAUCUCCUGAGAAAAGCCAUGUCCCUAGGAUAGAAAUUUACCUCAAUAAUUAUGUAACACAAAACACUUGGCAGAGUAGCAAAGAAGUUGCCUUAGUGUUUUAGUCUCAUCUAAUUGUAACCGUUGUCUUUCAUGUACUACUCAAAUCAUUUUUCAUUUGUUUACUUUGGUGUAAUUUUGAAAUGAUUCUGAUAUUUUCCAGGUCAGAUUAAUAACAUCCAAUUGCAAAUAUCUCUUCCAACAUCUUAUACAUAUAUCUACUUUGAAAUUUAAACCAAUAGUAUAUAAAGCCUAAGAAUGAGCACUGAUUUGACAAAUUCACAGAAAUUGAGUGAAAAACAUGUGAUAUUGCAAAAUUUUUGUCAAUUUCCUGGUAAGAUACUGAAGUAUCAGCUUUCAAUUUUUAAACACAACUGUGAGCUUAUAACUGGACAUGUCAUGCAUUAUUUUUUAGAACAAUGCUAAUUCUUUAUACUAAGUAAGGGUAUAAGAUCAUGAGUGCUGUAAUGCAGCACCUCAGGCACUCAUAACUAAAGCUCUUAAGGAAAAUGAAGGCAUAGCCAGUAACUCAUGGUUAGUGCAUAAUAAGUAUAAAAAAGUAUGGGAGAUAAUUCUGAAGAUUUAUGACGAUUCUAUGCUUUUUCAAUUUAAAGAGCAGCAUGUCUUAAAAUGAGUCUUAUACUAACAUUGGACUGGGAAUAAUGUUCAAGUUUGCACUCAACGAAUCCUUAUGUUCAAGAACAUACUGGACAGUGUAGGACAAACGCAUCAUAAACUAGGAUGUUUUGCUGAUUCACAUAACUUUGCCAUGUGCUCUGCUAUAGAGCUGGAUUUAUAUGCCAUUAAGAAGGAAGAAGAAAAUCAAUUAAAUAUAAAUAUGAAAAUUGCAUUAUGUUAGGCCACUUAGCUUCAAAGCAAGAUGUUAUUAACUCUUAUAUAGAAAAACCAGAAGGAGAAAAUGGUGAACAUGAAUGAAAUGAUUAACUUUUUGAUUUACAAAGACAUUUCUUGAGUAUCUUAUCCACUUGUUUUUAUCCAUGAACAAAUAUCACUCACAAUAUAAACAUUUCUAUAGCACUUGGUCUGUAGCUAGAUUGGAUCCCAGGAGAAAUACUUUUGGACACAGGCCUUUUUAUACAUGCCUCAUACAUGAUGAAGCUUCAGUGACUGCAUGUUACGAUGCUUUUUCCUAGGAUAGGAUAUGGUGCUGCUUGUACUUGCCAUCUUUAUUUGAAUGUAUGUUUCUAUGUUGGCCUGCCUUGCCAAGAUAUAGAUGAAUAAAGCCUGGUGUGAGCUGUCCAUUUGACAAGUUACUAGAACACGUUUCAUUUGCUCUUGUGUAAUGCCAAUUUGAUCUUGUUCCGACUCUAUAUACUGACAACCCAGUUGCAAAGGUAAAAUAUACUCUACUUGAAUGAAUGAUUCAAUCCUUAAAUCAAUGUCAUAGUUUUGCUACCACUGAAAUAUCACAGAGGCCACAUUUUUAUUAUCUUCUCACAGCUCUUUAGUAUAUACUAUUGCCUGUGUAAAAUUAGAUUUUUAGUUCUUUUUGUCACUUCUUUUGUAUCUGAAGUGGAAUCCAUUAUUCCUUUAUAUAUUCAUGAAUGCAAAAUUUCACAAUUCAGUUACAUUUUUAUUUCCAAACAAACAUUAUUUCCAAACAAGUAUGCUCUGUGUGCCUUAUUUUUCUCUUCCUUCAGUUCUGAAAUUAUUUGUUUGUGUUCUGUUUGUCAUCCCUAAAUACAGGUGGUUGGGAGGGAUAUAUUAUUUUGUGUUGUUCUGUGCAGUCUGUGCCUAUAUUUGCAUUCCUUUCGAUUUCUACCCAGCCCCCACCUUUUUUUUUACAGAUUUGUUUUUCCCUUCCCUUUGUGAAAACCAGAAUUGAAUAUCGUAUGCGGUAUCCUGAAAAUAUGUUUGCCCCUCAGUUUUCUUCCUUAACAAGUUUCAUGCAAAGAUUUAGUUCCAAUAAAUUUCACACACCUCCCAAUCUCUUGCAUUGGAUUCUAACUUUUCUAGAGCUAUUCCCCUGAGAAAAGUGAAAUGCUGAGUAUGAAGGCUGUUGUCUACCGAUAAGCCAGCUAAGGAAGUUUGCUUUUGGUGAAUGUAUCUUAAAUAAUUUAUACUGGAAAGUAAAUACCAUAAUACAGUGUUUUGUUUAAGGUACAUCAGGAGUACGUGAAUGCCUAAAACCUCAAUACUUUGGUCUAUUUCCCUUUAUGUGUAAAUUACAUAUAUAUUAAAAAGAAUGAGAGAAUAAGAGAUUAAGGGGUGUUAUAGUGGCAGCUUUUUGCUGUCUUUGUUUUGACUGCAUCAGCAUUUCUAUUGUGGACCUCUAUUUUCAGGGGUUUUAGAGACUCACCAGUAAAUAUUUGCUUCAGGCUUAAAAGUCUUGAAAUAUUUUUUUUAGAUAUAUAAUUUUAAACCAAUAUAUCUUGUUUUUAUAUUAUAGGAGGGAAAUAACUGGAGUUUACUAGUUCAAUUUUGUGCUAAUAUAACUUUUAAUGAGCUUAAUUUUUUAAUAAAACAAAAUCUAACCAGUCCAUAGUCUACUGAUGGUUUUUUAAAAGAAUCACUAAUUGACAUAGAGAAAAUUGCCUGCUUUGUCAGUGUAGCAACCUAUCUUCAAGAUAUUUAAAACUUGUAACCUAUAUUAACAUUAUCUUGAUUCUAACAGUGGAUCAGUAUGAUAAUGAAUGCAAUUUAUGCCAUCCAUAUGAGCUAUCUGGUAAUAUAGAUUUGGAAAUAUAUAGUAUAUUUAGUAAAUAUAUAUGUAUAUAUAUAUUUACUAGGUAGAUUAAGGGAGGUAAGUGCCCAUAAAUUUAGUUUGUCAAGUAAAUACCAUAUAUAUUUUAAAAAAUUGCACAGACAUUUAUCUUUCAGAAUUAGAUACAAGCAAUUGCAAAGAAAAGUUGUCUCUUGAGUAAACAAUACACAUUUUAUAGCUUCUUAUGAAAAUCAUUUUUUUCUAUAUUGUAGUUAUGGGAAAUUAAAAGGAUUUAAUGCAUAAAAUUAAUGCAGACUUUACUUAAAUAGCAUUAAACUAUGAAGCAGAGAGAAACACUAGGAAAUGAAAUAUUUAGGCUGUUAUGUUUUGGUUUAAGACAAUACUUUACCUUUAUUUUCAUUCCUAUUGAUAUUUUCAGUUAUGCAGAGAGUAUUAAAUUCUAACUUUAAGUGUCUGUAUUGUUCACGUUACACUCAACACUAUUUCAUUAAAUUUUUGAUAAUAUGUAGUCUUCUGUGUGCAAGGAAAGAAAAAAAAACACACUUAUUUGCUGAAUGAGUUCUAAGGUUUGCAAGUUGUUAGUGAUUUUUUUUGCCCACACAGGUUUCUAUACAUUUAUACCAUCUUAAAU